AUGAAGGCUUUCGGUUUCUUACUCGCCGCAUCAAGCAUCGGCCCCUUGGCCUCAGCAACCGAGUGUCCAGUUGCAGAUGCCCCAACAGUCGCCCACCAAGGCGACCCUGUCGGGUCUACAGAAGAACACAAUGGGGUCAACAUGUAUAUUACAAGCCCGGAAAAGAUGCAAGCGACAACCAAGCCCGGCAUCGCUGUCCUAUAUUUAACCGACGUAUUCGGAAUACAACUGCUGGAGAACAAACUCCUCGUGGACAGCUUUGCGCGAGCUGGAUACAUGACUGUUGCUCCCGACAUCUUCAACGGCACUCCGGCACCCAGCGAUCUCAACGACCCCAGCUUCAACACGACGGCAUUCCUUGAACUGCAUUCACCCAACGCAACAGACCCCAUUGUCGAAUCAACCAUCAGCCAUAUACGUGAGACUCUUGGUAUUGACCGGAUCGCCACCGCUGGCUAUUGUUUCGGCGGUAGGUACGCCUUACGCUUCCUCGGCGGCUGUAACGGCGCCGACCUAGCUUUUGCCGCCCACCCAAGUUUGCUCCAGGACGGCGAAAUCUCUGGUAUUUCUGGCCCAGCGAGCGUCGCUGCUGCUGGUAAGUAG